UAAAGCAUCUCAAGUAUUGUAUGGAAUAUCUCAAAAUCCAGAUACAGGAGAUUAUAUUCUUAUUCAAAAUAAUUAUAGAAAUGAAAAAAUUGAUGAUUUUACUCAAGAAAGGCAACUUUCUGAACCAAGUAUUGCAAUGGGAGUUGAUCAAGAAGAUUAUAGUUUUAUCAUCUCCGAUAAAGUUCAAGAAGAAUUGCAAAAGAUCGUAAAUGAUACAAAUGUACGAGAUAUCUUCUUUGGUAGAGAUCAUAAUGAUAAAGUUUCAUCAAACAAGAAUCAAAAAUUAUAUAUUAUAGUUAAUAAUAAUCCAACAGAACCAUUACAAAUGAUUGAAAAUUUUCCAGUAACUUAUAUUGAAUGUGGAACAUUUUCAGAAAAAAUUCCAAGAAAUAUCCCUCCACAAAAAUCAUUUCCUUUAGAUAUCAAAGAAAAAUUUGAUAGUAUUCUGGACGAUCAAAUUGGAAUUAAUUUUCGUUCAAAAUAUUGUAACCUUAUUGCAAUAAGUUUAGAUUGGAAGAUUGUUAAUAGAGAAUAUGUAAAUAAACCAGCAAUUGUAUUUUAUGUUAUUCGUAAAGGUAUAAUUCCUAUUGGUGACGAUCUUCUUCCGAAAACUAUUUAUGGUAUAGAUACAGAUGUACGUGAAGGAUUUUAUGAACCAACUGGCAUUGCAUAUGAAUAUUGUCGGGAAUAUACAGCAUAUCUCGCUUCUGGUUAUAGUAUUGGAAUUUGCAAUUUUAGAGCAGGAACCUUGGGUGCAUUUGUAAAGAAUUCCAAUGAUAAAAUAUGUUUGCUAAGUAAUUAUCAUGUACUUAAUUCGAAUGAUAACAGCAUAAUUGAACAUAUUGUUAAACAACCAGCUUAUAUGGACCAUGUAGGGGCAAUUGAAGAGAAAAUAAAAGAAACAGAGAAGAAUUUAGCUAGAGCGAUUGAUGAUGAUAAUAUUAGAGAAAAAGACAGAAAAAGUAAAGAAAAAAAAUUAUUGGAAGAUAAAUUAAAAGAUGCAAAUGAGGAGGUUACUGAAUUUGCAAGAGUUAUAGACGGUAAACGUGAAAAUUGUUAUAUUGGCGGUAAAUUUUAUGGGGUUGAUGCUGCCAUAGCUUCAUUAGAAUUGAUUGAUCGUGAUGUAAGACCAAAAGAAUUUGCUAUUCCAGAUUUUGCGUUUGAGAAAUAUUCUCUUACAGUACCUCAGAUUUCAGGAAGUAUUAGUAUUAAAGAUAUAAAAUCAUUUGAUACUGAUAAUAAUAUAUUUAAGGUUGGACGCACAACUGGAUUAACUAAAGGGCGUAUUCCAGAAUUAAGUGGUAUAGAUAUAUCAUGCGAUCCCAUGAGAAAUUUAUGGGUUUAUAAACGCCAAUUAAGAAAUCUAGGCAUAGCACAAAUGGCAGAGAUUAAUGAUUUAGAAGGUAGAGCUAUAUUUCAACCUAGAUGGUUGAGUAGACAAAUAUUAGUAAAACAGACAGAUACUGGAUCUUUUAUGGAUGAGGGAGACUCGGGUUGCAUAUGGUUUGAUAAAAAGGGAAUGAUUAUAGCAUUAGGACAUGGGGUAUUUCAAAAUACUAAUUCAGUAAUUGCAAUAGGAUCACCGAUAAAUGCAGUGCUAAAGACCCUUAAUGUUGAGCUUUAUUUGGGAGAUAAUUGAGAAAUGAUAAAUUUAUAAAGUUAUUUAUUUACGAUUUUUUCAAUACUUUAUUUUUUUUAUACUAG